CACACUGCAUUAGAUUGGUCUCUUCCUCAGGACCUCGCACUCCGGGGUGCGGACGAGCUCGUAACAAUGGCUUCCUCAAUCACCUCUUCUUUCCAAACCAGCAAUUUGAAGUCUGUAUUCCUGGGUGAGAGAAAUAAGAUCAGUGUUUCCCAUAUUCCUGCUACUCGUGUUACUUUCCUGAGGAAGACUAUAAAAUGCAAGGAGUCUCGAAUUGGGAAGCAACCAAUUGAAGUGCCAUCAAAUGUGACAAUCACAUUAGAAGGGCAGGAUUUAAAAGUGAAGGGCCCGUUGGGAGAACUUGCAUUGACGUACCCUCGAGAAGUAAUACUUGAUAGGAUGGAGUCUGGAAUUCUAAGGGUUAAAAAGGCAGUGGAAACUAGAAGGGCCAAUCAAAUGCAUGGGCUUUUCAGGACUCUUACAGACAAUAUGGUGGUUGGCGUAUCUAAAGGUUUUGAAAAGAAGCUUCAACUGGUUGGUGUUGGUUAUCGUGCCACAGUAGAAGGGAAAGAUUUGAUUUUGAAUCUUGGAUUUUCUCAUCCAGUCAAGAUGGCAAUCCCCGAUGGCCUCAAGGUGAAGGUGGAAGAUAACACCAGAAUUACAGUGAGCGGAUAUGACAAGUCUGAGAUUGGCCAGUUUGCUGCUUCAGUAAGGAGAUGGAGACCCCCAGAGCCAUACAAAGGUAAGGGUAUCAAAUAUUCUGAUGAAGUUGUAAGAAGAAAGGAAGGAAAAGCAGGAAAGAAAAAGUAACAGCGGCGGCUUCAUUUUCUUGUUUGUGUUUGUGCCCAAGACUUCCUCACUGGUCCCUACUUGAAAUACUAAAUAUGCCAGUUGCUUCAAUUUCAUAUUGAUUAGCUAGAGUCCCUUUAUUUUUUAAAUGGAUAGUCACGAUCUUAAAGCAUCCGAAUCGUUGUAGAGUGAUUACAUACUGAACAUGGCAUGCAUUGUAAAUGAUGGUGUUCAAUUUCUGACGUACUAUUGGUCAUUCCAAGUAUCAUUUAUAAAGUGUUUCAGAAGCAACGGA